AAGCCACGCGGCUAAAGACUUGCGCUGUUAAAUAAGCCAUGAAGGCCGUCACGAGCGUUAUUAAGCGACUGUCAGCGAAGAAAGUGCAGUGAUAUAAAGACGCUAAGGGCAUAUAUAUACUAUAUAUAAACCAAAAAAAAUAUAUAUUACAAAAACUACAAUUGCUAGUGGAUAAUCCGAAAUAUGCUGCGUGGCGUGCUCACCUUGGAUAGAUCCGCAUGGAUCGCACAAAAAAGGCAGACACUGCUAUUCACGCUCUUAAUGUUCUACAUCACAACACGGUCAGAUGCGAAUCCUGUCUCCAUACCGGAAAUAAAUGGAAAAUCUGUUAAAAAUAUUGCCGUUUCAUCUUCAAAUGCCGCAUUGCUGAUCAAGCCGAGUCCACAGGACGCCCAAUUGAACUCGUUAAAUGCCUAUGCCACCAACUACGGACACUUUGCUGCACAAUUCUCUAACAAUGCCGCGCAAGGCGGCAACACUAACGUGCACACAGACGGCAGCACGACCAGUAACACAAAUACCAACCACUUUAAGGCAUCUUUCAAAUUGCCCGAGGUGGAAAAUAAUUUUACACCAAUACAAACAUAUAAUAACGGUAAUAGCAUGCCACAUGCGGCGCCUUUAACCGCAAUUGCCGCGACGCCGAAUGUCAACAGCAUUGCCAACAAUAACGUACCACAAGCCACACCCGUUCUAAUGCAAUACCUGCCACACGUAGUGCCGGAAACAGGCGUACAAUAUCUACAAUUGAUACCGACGCGUCCGCUUAUUGUGCCCAUAAGUCCGUACUUAAACGGCAAUGCGCCGCCUGCGGCAACACAAAAUGCCGCCAAUGCUGCAGCGCAUGCACUACACCCACCAUUGGCGGCCGCCAUCAAUGCUGCACCAAUGGACUAUGGCGUCCGUUCACCACCCAUAUUGGCAGCCGAGCCCAUUAAUAGUCAACAGCAUGCUGCCGCCACUGCCGCUUUGAUAGAUAUGUCGAAUGCAGCGCCGCCGCCGCCGCCGCCAUACGGUAUACAUACAUACGCGAAUGCCUUACAGCCGUAUCGCAGCAGCUAUCGCAUAAAUCGUGAAGUGAAGGGUAAGAAUUUUCCCAGCACAUUGUCACUCAAUAUGAACGAAUAUAUACCGGGCCCCAAUGAGACACUGCGUCCGCUGUAUAUGCGGGGCAGACCGUGAAAUUGUUAGACGUUGAAUAACGAUUAUUUUUGUAAAUUAAAUAAGGAAUAUAUAUACAUAUAUGUAUUACGGUUAGUAAUAAAAAAAAAAUUG